CCCUCUCUUUUGUCUUUCCAUCCCUCCCUCUCCUUGUUACAUUCUUUCUUUCUCUCUCCACCUUCUUCGCUGUGAAGGACUUCUAGCACAUCCCUUCAAUGCAGAAAUCUCAUACACACACAUGCACACAUGGCUAUGUAGACUACACACACUCUCUAUCUAUAUCUCUAUCACUCACACAGACACAACAUGGACACAUUCCUGUUACCAAGUGUCCAUUCCUGUAGAUUACAUUUGAUUUUUCUUCUAAAAAAAAUAGUUAAACCACUGUUUUUAUCAGUUUUGUUUUUGUUCCAUUUAUUGUUUAAUAAAUGAAAGUAUACUAAAACAAGAUAAACUUGAGGCUUUUGGUCUUUGUUAAAAUUAGAGGGUUUUUAUUAAAAUUCACCUCGCCUUAAUAGCUAUAUAUAGUGAUUUUUUAAAAUCACAUUAUAAUAAAUAUAAUAACACACAAAACAGAAUUGUCAUGCUUUUAAACAUGCUUUUUAAAAGGCACAUGAGAUGGUAACAGGACUGAGAAAACAUGCAUCCAUUUUCUACUUAGAAACCUUGUAAAAAAGGAAAUACUUGAGAUACACACCAAUACUGAAUAGAUCAAUAUGUGUAUUAGUAUCCCAUGUAUAAGCAUCUCCUCUCCUCUCGCUGCGCCUCUUGUGGACGUGCGCGGAAUCACUCUUUCACCUCACAGCUGAUUUGCUCGCCAUCUUGACAUGAACAUAAACAUUGAUACCCUCUGCUCAAUGAUCGUACUAUUAUCUCCAAAGACCGGAAAAUUUACAGCACAUUACCAAAACAGCCUUAAUCCUUUGUUGCCGCAUCGAGAAAAAGCGAACUAACGUUAGAUGUUUAGGAAAUCAUUGCGCACGUAUAGCUGCUGAACACACAUCACAUGUCAGUAUAAUGUGGGGUUCCUGAGCACUUGGCUAAGGGAUGGGAGACCUUGGAGGACCCCCAUCUGCAGACUGAUGGAGAGAGUGUAACUGUAGUUUACAGUAGAAAUGGACCAGGAAUAUGAAAGACGCCUGUUAAGGCAAAUCAACCACCAGAAUGUCCCAGAGGGCCACCCGUCUAAGUUAUGUAUUACUGUUUGUGCAGUCAGGGUAUGCAGCGUGCAGUCCGGUUACGGUGAAAUCAGGAGACAGGUUUAUCCCCACGCGUGCCGGGAGCAACUGGAGCAUAAACUUCCACUAUGCCAAUGAGAACUGUUGGACACCCAAUCAGAAUCAGCGGGCGAAGGAUGCUAGUACAGACACAGGGAAAGAUGCUGUGGCGUAUGCUGCCCUGCUGAGGAAUGAGCUGUUGGGAGCAGGAAUCGAAACCGUGCCUGAUCCUCACACAGAUGACCGUCGACACACCAUCCUCACACAGGACACACACAGCCUCUUCAGGUACACCAUCCUCACAAAGAGAGUGCCUUUUGACAAUGAAAUCUCCCCCUAUUCCCUCUCUCCUCUCAGUAACAAAAGUCACAAACUAUUGCGCUCACCCAGAAAGCCUGCACGCAAGAUUUCCAAGAUCCCGUUCAAGGUCCUUGAUGCCCCAGAGUUGCAGGAUGACUUCUAUCUCAACCUGGUGGACUGGUCAGCUGGAAAUCUCUUGAGUGUUGGUUUGGGGGCUUGUGUUUACCUGUGGAGUGCCUGUACCAGCCAGGUGACGCGGUUGUGUGACUUAUCUGUGGAUGGCGACUCCGUGACAUCAGUGUGCUGGAAUGAGAGGGGAAGUCUGGUGGCUGUAGGGACCCAUAAGGGAUUUGUUCAGAUUUGGGAUGCAGCUGGAGGGAGGAAGUUGACCAGUUUGGAGGGACAUUCAGCACGCGUAGGAGCGCUUGCGUGGAACGGAGAGCAGCUGUCGUCGGGUAGCCGGGACAGAGUGAUCCUACAAAGGGACGUGAGGACACCUCCGCCUGUGGAGAGGCGCCUCCAGGGCCACAGGCAGGAAGUGUGUGGCCUCAAGUGGUCACCUGACCACCAACACCUCGCCUCUGGAGGGAACGAUAACAAGUUGCUGGUGUGGAACAGCUCGAGUCUGCUCCCCGUGCAGCAGUACAGCGAUCACCUGGCGGCCGUGAAGGCCAUCGCAUGGUCUCCUCACCAGCACGGCCUGCUGGCCUCGGGAGGGGGAACGGCUGACCGCUGCCUUCGCUUCUGGAACACUCUGACCGGACAGGCACUGCAGAGUACCGACACCGGCUCACAGGUCUGCAACCUGGCCUGGUCCAAACACGCCAACGAGCUGGUCAGCACACACGGCUACUCCCAGAACCAGAUCCUGGUGUGGAAAUACCCAUCACUCACCCAGGUAGCCAAGCUCACUGGACAUUCGUACCGAGUGCUCUACUUGGCGGUGUCUCCGGACGGCGAGGCCAUCGUGACCGGAGCAGGAGACGAGACACUGAGGUUCUGGAAUGUCUUCAGCAAGACACGCUGCACCAAGGAAUCCAAAUCAGUGUUGAACCUGUUCACCAGGAUACGCUAAUUCACAGAAGUCCAUCCAAUCACGUGAACGAAUGAAAGCCUUGAACUCACUCUCGAGUCCUUGCAUCAACUCCAGACCUUCCGACAGGGAGAGAGACCCUAGCACUUCCUCUCUUUUUUUACUGAGCAGAUUUCUGUUUUACCCAAUGAAAUUGAGUGAGCUUGUUGUUUGUGUUAAGAUUCAGUCGGUUCUUCUUAUUAUUGUACAUUGUGGAUGUCGAAACAGAUGUGCUAUUGUAUAAGUAGAAGUAUUAAUAGAGAAAUGAACCUAUAUGACCUAUAUUGUUAUUAUCAUGACUUCAGUCAUGAGGUUAUACAGAAAUGGCUUAUGAAAAUUUACAUAUUUUAUAUGUGUGUAUCAAAACAGAUCAUGAAAUCUGUGAGAAAUAAAUGCACUUAACACAAA